UCAGUGAAUGACAUUGUGAACAGGACCUCCAUGUGAUACAGACGACUGUACCCAUAAGUGAAGAACACAUGGGUGCGGGGACACCAUGUUAAGAUUUGACGGGGUAUGGGGUCUUGACUGACCCACUUUUCGAAUCGCGCGUUUGGUAUAGUCUUGUCGACAACUCUGUUCGGUACAACACUGUACAACAGUAUGGCAGCCAACAACUACACCGGGACUUGGACUUUGGAUUCUUCGGACAACUUCGACGAAUUCAUGAAGGCGAUAGGGGUUGGGGAAGAGAUGAGAAAGGUCGGCAACGCCGCCAAGCCGACGUUUGACAUACUGCAGGAGGAGGACCGGUUCACGUGGACCACCGUGACGGAGGUGGGGGAACACACCAACUCUUUCACUAUCAACAAACAGGUGGAGGAAACCGUCAUGGACGGCACCAAGAAACUGACCACCUAUAUCUGGAACGGGCCGAAGUUAGAGGCAGUGUACGACUACCAGGGACAGCCUGUAGUCAUCUCUAGGGAGGUGCAGGGUGACGUCAUGACAGCAGUUUUGACGGUUGGUGACAUCAUCUGCACACGGCAGUACAAGAGACAAACUUAAGAAACUGUCAGCAUGGAAAUAUGUCAUGACUGUCAAGAAAGAGCUUGAAAGAGCUCUGGGUUCCAACCCAAAAUCAAUGAUAACAGAGCAAUAUGGGGGUAUUUCAGACAAGUUUCUGAAGCCUUCCUUAUUGAAUGGGAUAGAAUAUGACUGUUAAAAUUAGACCAAGACAGAUUUGCAAAGUAGUAAUUGAUAUUGACUUUGGAUGCCAAUUAUCUGAAUAUUUGAAAAAAUAAAAAGAACAUUAACUUGCCUGUA